AGCCAUGCCUCUGAUUAGAAACAUGUUAUCUUAAUCAUUAAUAAAAUAUUUUUUUUUUCAACAGUUACCUACCUACAAUUGUACAUUUAUAUAAUAUAUUUAAACACAUAUUUACUUAGAAUUUUGAAAUUGCCUAGAAUAAGACAACAUUGUCGUAAAUUAACAAAAACAAAAAAAUCAACGUUUCCGCAAAGACAAAGAUCUCUGGCAAAUUGCUUCGCAAUCUAUCAAUAAAACACCCCCUUUUGCCUAUAGCCUUCUAUCUAAGAUCAACGUUCAUUUAAUUGCUACCGCCCGCGUGUGUCGAAACGUCUAAACGUUCGUUGCUCUAAUCUUCAAAAACCCAUGCAGAUUACAAUCUCCGUUUUGGCUGAAAACAAAUUGCACCCUUCCUUUGUAUAUGGCAACCUCUCUCUGUCACGCAAAUAUAUUUUCAAUUGAAAACUAUUUCACUCUUGCUAUCGUCGUCGCGCCGCCAUACCGCACAGGCACAAGCUUAUUUUGCUAUUUGCUUUCUCAUCUGCGUUAUCAAGUCGCUCACCACAAUAAAUUAAAACAUAAUCAGGUGACUAUAUAAGUAGCAUCAACCCUGAAUCGAUUCUUAAUCCAAUCGCACAUUGUUUUCGACAUUCGACAGCAACAGUCGGAACAGUUCUAGCAACAAAUUAAGAAUAAAGUUUGAUCGCGAUUCGUCUGAGAAAAGUUCAAAACCAAAUUCGACAAUAUGAUUAAUUUAAACAAACGGUGUUUCUUUGUUAUGAGUGGAAUUACGAACGAGCUGGGCAAAAUCACGGCCAUUGAAUUUUCCAAAAAAUUCAUGCCGGGAUCGGUAGUGGUUCUCUUCGAAGAUUCUCAGCCAGAUUUGGCCCGUACAAAAGCUGCCAUUUGCUCGCUACAAAAUCAGUUGAACGUCGUUUGCUGCAAAGUCGACUGGAACCUGAGCAGUGCAGAAUUCUUCCAAAAUCAAUUCGACGACAUUUUGAAGGAUUUGAACCGUGAUGACUUCGAGCUGGCUUUCAUCAUUCACAACGAAGGAGCGAUUUCAACAGAUGUUAUAAGUGAACCGAAUGACAGUGAAUCGUGGUUAAAUCACGUUCAGAUAAGUCUGAAUGCUACAGUCGGCAUAAACCAGGCCUUUUUGAACACAUUUAAGGACACCGACAAGUUGGUGGUGAAUCUCACACCAAGUGCUCCAAUUGUACCCUUCGUAUAUGAAAAACUCAAAUGUUCAGCGAAGAAGGCCCGCGACAUGUACUUCCGUGCAAUGGCUGCUGCUGAAGAAAAAGUGACAGUUCUCAAUUACCGCCCGGGAUUCUUGGAGUCUUUCGAGGCUAACUCUCAAAUUGAUCCAAAUAAUAACAUCAAUGAAGUGAAUUCGAUUAAAUUGACGAUGAAAGCAAAGAGGCCAUAUGUUAAGCCAUUGGAAACUGUCCACAAGCUAAUCGACACAUUGGAAUCAUCCAAAUUUAGCUCAGGACACGACAUUGACUUCUACACCAAUUGACUGAGUUUAACAAAUAAUAAUUUUAAUAACAAUAGUUUGUAUUAUAAAAAUGUUCCAUUGACGAUGGCGGUGGACAAUUUAAAUUUAGCUGAAUUAAUUAAUAAAAUAAUUUAUUUUUA